GCGGGAUCACCUCACUGACCCCGAAGGUCUUCUCCCUGUUCCGGGGGACUCAGAGCCCGAGCACAGCGUCGUUGGGUACUGGCUGCCUUCGGGUGAUCUCACCCUCCGGGAGGCACACAGGGGGAUAGUGGAGAUGUGUCCCAGCGCUGGUGCUGCCAAAGCGUCUGUCCGACCCUGGCUCUGUACGGCACAGCUCUCCUGCGUUCAGCAGGUACCGGUGCGCAGAGCCUGCAAUCCAAAAGGGAUUUGCAGUGUGAGUAUUGCCACAGAACAAUGAUUCAAGAGAGAAGACUUGUGUUGUUAAAGUCAUAACGAGCCAAGAACAAGGUUCUUUUAAGGAAACGAGCACUGAAGUCUUGCCGGGGGACUUAUCAGUGCUGGCAAAAGAGCCACAGUCACUUGAGUGCUGUGAUGUACUUGAUUCAGUCCUACUCAAAGGCAAACCAAAGGGUUUAGUAGAGCGCAGAAGUCUAAGCCUUUUAAAUGUGAUACGAUCUCUGUUGUCCUAAGACGUGCAUGUUACUAGAAGUGUCUGGCCACUGUCCUGCCAAAAGCUGAGCUCCUCAAGGGGAAUAAUGCUAAUACAUAAUACUAUUGCAGGUGACUAAAGCCUAUUGUUUCUAUGUAACCUUCCUCUUCAAAGAAGUGCAGUAAAGGGUUGCUGAGUCUCUCAAGAAUAUGCUGAUAGAAAGGACAGUGCCAAGUUGGCCCAUUCUAGGGAAAACAACUGCGGGUGUCUGUCCCCAGGAGGGAACCUCCACCCUGGAGCAGCUCAUCACCUGUCAGCAGUGAAAAGCAAAAGCCCACGAGUGCAUCUUCUCCUGUCCCUGGGGAGAGAGAAACAGCUGCAGAGAGAGAAGGGCAGAAACCGCAGCUUUUCCUUGCUUGCAAAGGAAGGGGUGCAGAAGGUAGAGUGGAGGAAAGCCCCUGCCCCUCUGUGCACUUUUGACACAACUUGUGCAUCGUGGCAUUUACAGCAGCACGGACUGCCAGCAGAAAACGAACCCUCUUCAGCUCUGCUCCCUUGAGUGAGCUUGGAAACAGGCUUCCCCAUGACUCAGUUUCCCCACAUGUGAAAUAUCCAUAGUGCAAAGUACUUUAUGAAGUUCUGAGGAAAACUGAGAGAGCUGGUAUUGUCCAAGCUACUCAAAUUCUGACUGUAAAAGAAGGCCCAAGUCAGGUUUUACAGUAUGAUUAGAGAGCAAUACCAGCAAACCCAUUCUGUCUGAACAGUAUCUACCUGAGGGUGUCUUAUUGCAGAAUGUUGCUGUUAGGAGAUUGUUAUUCACACUCAUGGAAUUUAGUAUGCGAAUACAGUAUAACAGACUCAUGGUAUAUUAAAACACAGUUUUACUGCAACAAAUACGUUUUCAAAGUCAUGAAAUUAAGGUAGAUUUGGAAAGGAAAAAAAACAAGAAGUUUUUUGCUUUUUGGUUGAGUUAGAGAAAGGUCAUUUCUUUCAGUGUAGUUACUCUUGAUUACAUCGGUGUGAGAGUCAUUGGAUUUGUGGACUGAAAAUACAUUCUGCUCUUCCUCAGGAAAAAGAAAUAACCUUUACCUCUUGUAUUUAAUAUCUUUCUGUUUUCCAAGCACCAUAAUUUCUUGUAUUGUUGAUGAAUAACAGCACAAGGUUAGCAUUUGAUAAUCUAUUGCAGAUUAUCACAUUAUUAUAGAAGUGUUUGCAGGUUUUUUGGUUUUUGUGUGUGUUUUUGUUUGGUUUUGUUGUUGUUUUUUGUGUUUGUUUUGUUUUUUACAGAAUAGAGUUAUACAGAGGGAAGUUCUAGGUGCUAUGAUUAUUAUUAUUUUCCUCGUAUCGAUUUUAAGUUAAAACCACAACAUACAGUCUGGAUAAUUUAAAUAACUUUAAAGUACUUACUUGGCUCUAAUCUGGAUGUGCAGCAUGUUAGUUUUUACUGUAGUUUAGAAAUCUGUUGGACCAAUAUGAAAGGACUGAGCAACUGUUGAAUUGUUGUUUAGGUUUUUUUGUUUUGUUUUUUGUUUGGUUUGGGUUUUUGUUUGUGGUGGUGGUUGUUUGUAUGUUUGAUUUGAUUUGGGUUUUUGUUUGUUUGUUUGUUUUUGGUACAGGCUUAUACAUUCUUAAAUUGAUUUUACAGUAAAUGAACCAUGAAUAGAGGUAACAGUCUUCAGCAGCUGGUUGCCAAGUACCAGAUUUUUAAGUGUCUGUAAAAUGUGACUUCUGAAGUAGUCUAUUCUUACUGCAGUGAUCUGGGAUUUACAGAUGUUACUUCCAAUAGUGCCAACAUAAACUUACCAAUCUACUCAUAGCAUAGAUUCUUAAUACUGAGUUCAGAGUGAAGCUUAUGACUGUCUUUGGAAAGGAUCUGAAGUUUGAAGGAGUAUACUUUCCUCAUUGUGGAGGGAUUUGCAGGUGUAAACACCAUAGAUAAUGUAUAUCCACUGCCUUUUACUGGAAAAAAAAAUAUGAGAUGCUUCAGGGUUCCACUGAUGGCUUCUAGAAUCACUCAUAUGCUUAAAUUAAUCAUGCUGAAAUUAGUCAUGUGUAAGAAAUCGGUUUCCUCUGAGCACAAAAUUUGUCAGGAUUUAUACAGUUGCAACUAAAACCAGCAAAGGCACUUUAGUAGUGUAAAAAAUUGUGCAUGUGGUUAUCUUGCAGUGCUCUGAUGCACUGGCUUAAUUCUGGGGCCAUACUGACUAUGUAUUUCUGAGGAGAGAGUCUGCUUCAGUACAUUAACUGCCCCUCUUGUAUGUCUCUGGUUGAAUUAGUAUGUGCUGCUCACAGAAAAGCCUUCUGCUUUAGUGGGCAUUGGUCAGGACAGACUGCAGCAAGAUGACUGCAGGAGCAUUACUUGACCUUGCCAUAAGAGUUGGUGCAAGUGUCUGUGUGUGAAAUAUUCCCUUCCACUCCCACCCCGCCCCAUCCAGUAAAUUCAUGGUUGUCUUCUCACAGGCAAGGUGCAGGAAGAGUACUGAUGUUAGGAAAAACAGUCUCUAAAUUCUUGAUUUCCUAUUUCAGUGGCAGACAGUCAACCAUCUCCACUGCACCCACUCACUCUGCCCCACUAGCUUGUUCUAUCACUCUAAGUUCCUUCUGAGCACCAUGCAUAUGAGGAGGGGCUGAGAGACCUUGGAUUGUUCACCCUGGAGAAGAGAAGGCUCAGGGGUAUACCAUCAAUGCAUAUAAAUACUGGAAGGGAGGGUGCAAGGAGGACAGAACUGGGGUCUUUUCAGUGGUGGCCAAUGGCAAGUCCAGAGGCAAUGGGCACAAACUGAAACAUGAGAGUUUCCAUCUGAACGUCAGGAGGGAGCUGUGAUGGUGACUGAGAACUGGAAUAGGCUGCCCACAAAGGUUGUGGAGUCUCCAUCCAUGGUGAUAUUAAAAAACAUCCAGAUAUGCCCAUCCUGAGCAGCUGGCUCUAGAUGACCCUGCUUGAGCAGGGGGUUGGACCAGAUGACCCUUCCAACCUCAACCAGCCUGUGAUUCUGCUGUCAGAUGAAGUUACUCUCCUACCUUUUCUGUUGGUUUUCAACAGUCCGUAUAACUCCCCAUCCUGCAGCCUUCACUCCUCUCAAGCACUCUGGCAUUUUGCACAGUCAGGCUCAUCCUCUUCACAGGCAAUGCUUCUCUAUUGCUCCAAAAUCAACAACACAGUGAGAGCCACUUGAGAGCUGCAUUUAGCAAAGGUUCUCCAGAGAUGUGACAUCUUAUUCCUAUGACUUAUUCUGUGACAUCAGCUCAAACAUGUGAGAAUGGGUAGGUGCCUACCACGCAAAAGUUGUCACAGAAUUUAGUGAAAACAGGGCAGAAACCUAAGUACAGGGAUGUUAAGGAAACCUAGGUACUGACUGACAAAAUAACUUACCACUGAUAUCAGUUCAGAAAAAUGAACUGUGAAUAUCUAGCAACGCAGUGUAGGGUGUGACUUGGCAUUUUCACCAAGCUCAGCCUGCAAAGUCAAAAUACAGUUUACAUUUACAACCUUUACUAAAAUUUUAGAGACCGUUGAUACCUGAGGUGGGUAAAUUCCUAUGAGCAAAGUUUCAAACUGGAUAGUCUACAACUCUUAGAGGUCUUUUGGAGCAACAUUAUUUACAGCAAUGCAUGGGUUCUGAGUGGCAUUCUUGAGCUCUUGGCUCUGCUGCAAUUCUCAGGUCUAUUCUAGGGCAGAUAACUCAAAUCCCCAACUUUAGUUUCCCAGCCUUUAACAGAAAUGAAGAGAUACUUGAAAAUAUAAAAAGUAAUAGAUACAACUGGUUGGGUUUUUUUUGUAAUUAAAUGCAAUUUUAGGACACAUUCAUCUGCAGCUAAGUACAUUAUACACUGGAAGACUGGAAGGUCUCAUCCCAAACUGCAGUCUAAGUAACAACAAAGUCUGCAUGGCUGAGUGAUGAAGUGUAUUCUGCUUCAUUAUGUUCAUACCGAGCCUGUCUUCAUGUUGGUCCUUAAAGACAAUCAUCAGCAGAACAGAGUGGCAGCGUGCAAACAUGCAGCAUAUACAGGACAUGAGCCAAAACUUGAUUUGUGAACAUUGGCAAUGAGUGGUAAAAAAAAUUACCUAGAGAAAUUUGGUAACUAAGGCCAACACAAACUCUCUCUGGUGACUGGAAAUCUAUAGUUUGUCAAACAGGUUGGUGACAUCGGUCCCAGUCUUGAUGGAUAAGUGAACGUACAUAAGUACAGUGACCCAUGGGAUGGAUCAGCAAAGACAGAGGCUAAAGACUCGGUCUCUCUAAACUUAGGCAUUCUAGUCGUUAAGCCAUCACUGGUCUGUAAUCCAUGAAAGCACUUCAGGAGUAUUAUGAGCCAAAACAACAUGUUCAUAGCACUUUGUUGUUCUGCAUCACAAUCCUUGCACCAAUUGUGCUUCACAUUUCUAGUAUUUUCACAUCACUGACUAAAAACUAGGUGGAGAAACAGCGAUCAAACAUCAGGUAACACUCCAAGGAGAAGAAAAGCUCUAUGCACAAGUGUUCAUUGAUAGCUGGGUGUCAGAUAAAUGCUUUAUUAGGCAGGGAGCAUACUGCUUGGAUGACAUUACCAAUUCUUGAAGGAUUUAUAAUGUGCUAUUAAAAACAGAUUUAAACUAAAAUCUUGCAAAGACAUAAAAGCCACAUGUUUAGCUUUAGAGCUCGUAGGUAGUUUCACUGAGGUCAAUGAAACUAUUCACUGUGGAAAGUUAAGAAGGUGUGUAAAUCUCUGCAGCUUUAAACAUUUUGCUUUAUUAUCUCUCCAGGGACUGGAAACAAGGAUUGGCAACUAUCAGACAUAAAGGCUAUAAUACAAGUUUGUGUCUUUGAGUAUUUGUCUAAUUGAAAAACAACAUUAAAAAUUGUGGAACAAUCCUGGCCCCUUUUCCAGAUUUGUAGAGAGUGUGGUGCAGCUCUGAAAUCCUCCCUGCAGUCCCCUCAAAUAACUGAGGUUUGCUCACCCAUGGGUAAGAGAAGUAGGUGCGUUUUAACUGUGAAAAUAAGUAUUUUUAAUGCUUAAAAGGAAGAAAAAAAAUGUAUUUGGCACAGUUGGGGGCUGUCGUGUUCAACAUGUGGAAGGCUUGAAAGCAGACCCUCUGCCAGGGUCGGGAGAGGGCUGCACCACCGAUGGUGCUUCUCAUUCUCCCCCCGCCACCGGCUGAAGGAGCCUGUGGCCGCAGGCGCUUCGUAAGACGCUACCGGGGAGAGAAAGGGGUUUAACUGGUCUGGGGUCCCUGGAGGCGGCGCGGGCAGACGGUCGGGGGUGCUGGGGAGGCGCCGCAUGGGCGGGAGCGGCCGGGGCAGCGCCACCGGCGGGGGGUGGUGCCGGUGCCGGAGCCGGUGCCACCGCGGCGUGCGCAGCGGCGACGGCCCCGCAGCCCGAGCGGGCGGCAGGUGGGAGCAGAGCGGGCCGGCCCGCCGGCGGUGUAGCGGGGCGGAGUGGGGAAGGGAAGGGAUGGGCUGCGCCCCCAGCAUCCACGUCUCGCAGAGCGGCUUGAUUUACUGCCGCGACUCGGACGAGUCCAAUUCCCCCCACCAGACCACCACCAUCUCGCAGGGCACGGCCACCCUGCACGGCCUCUUCAUCAAGACAGACGCUGCCGACUCCAUCCCCGCCGUCCUCGCCUACCAGAGCCGGCAGCCGCCGCCCUUCGGCGACCCCCGCCGCAAGGAGCGCAGGGACCCCGGCUCCUCUGCCCGGGCCAGGACGCCCCGCUGCUGCGGUAUCGAGACGGAGACCCAGACCAGCAACGCCAGCAUCAGGCAGGUUUCAACUACAGAAGUACAUAUUGGGCCCAUGAGACUAAUGCAAGAUCCAGUUCAGGUUUUGCUGAUCUUUGCAAAAGAAGAUAACCAAAGUGAUGGUUUCUGGUGGGCUUGUGACAGAGCUGGAUACAGGUGUAAUAUUGCCCGGACUCCAGAGUCAGCACUUGAAUGUUUUCUUGAUAAGCACCAGGAAAUAAUUGUUAUAGAUCACAGAAACUCCAGAUAUUUUGAUGCAGAAGAUAUCUGCAGGUCGAUUCGUGCCACAAAACCAUCAGAGCACGCUGUAAUACUUGCUGUGGUUCCACGCACAUCUGCUGAUCAAGAAGAGACUUCUAUUCUUCCCCUUCUUAAUGCAGGCUUUAAUAGGCAAUUCAUGGAGAAUAGCAGCAUAACUGCUUGUUACAAUGAGCUGGUUCAAAUAGAACAUGGGGAAGUGCGAUCUCAGUUCAAAUUACGGGCUUGUAAUGCAGUGUUCACAGCGUUAGACCAUUGUCAGGAAGCUAUAGAAAUAACCAGUGAAGAUCAUGUCAUUCAGUAUGUUAAUCCAGCCUUUGAACAGAUGAUGGGAUAUCACAAGGGAGAGCUUAUUGGCAGAGAACUUACUGAACUACCAAAAAGUGAUAAAAACUGCGCAGAUCUUUUAGAUACUAUCAACACAUUUAUUAAAAAAGGAAAGGAAUGGCAAGGAGUUUACUAUACAAGAAGAAAAUCAGGAGAUAGUAUCCAGCAGCAAGUGAAGAUAACACCUGUGAUCGGGCAAGGAGGGAAAAUAAGACAUUUUGUGUCCCUCAAAAGGCUGCAUUGUGCCAAUGAAAACAGCAACCAGCUCUACAAGAGUCACCAUGAUGAUAAGUACACAGGAGACAAUUCUCAGUCAGAAUCCCAUUCCUGCAGAUGCAAGAACAGAAGAAAAGACUCAAUUGAUAUUAAGUUAAUAACAUCUCAAAGUAGUGAUGCUGCAACUUUACAGACCCGACGGUACUCAUCCAUGGCAAGAAUCCACUCAAUGACAAUAGAAGCUCCUAUCACAAAGGUUAUUAACAUAAUUAAUGCUGCCCAGGAAAACAGCCCCGUCACAGUAGCAGAGGCCUUGGACAGAGUUCUGGAAAUUCUGCGGACAACAGAACUUUACUCCCCUCAGCUAGGUACCAAAGACGAAGAUCCUCACACAAGUGAUCUUGUUGGAGGUCUGAUGACUGAUGGCUUGAGAAGGCUGUCAGGAAACGAGUAUGUGUUUUCUAAGAAUGUGAACCUGAGCCAUAGUCUCCUUUCAGUGCCAAACACCACCAAUGAUGUUCCACCCUGUGUUGUACAGCUCCUGGAAAAUGAGGAAAGCUGGGACUUCAAUAUUUUUGAGUUGGAGGCUGUUACAAAUAAAAGGCCAUUAGUGUAUUUGGGCUUAAAAGUCUUUGCCCGGUUUGGGGUCUGUGAGUUUUUAAACUGUGCGGAAGCAACACUGCGAGCAUGGCUGCAGGUGAUUGAAGCCAACUACCACUCCUCCAACUCAUACCACAACUCCACACACGCAGCAGAUGUUCUGCAUGCUACCGCCUUCUUUCUCAGGAAGGAGAGAGUUAAGGGAAGCCUUGACCAUUUAGAUGAGGUGGCUGCACUAAUAGCUGCCACCAUUCAUGACGUAGACCACCCUGGACGGACCAACUCUUUCCUGUGCAAUGCAGGCAGUGAAUUAGCUGUCCUUUACAAUGAUAUGGCUGUAUUAGAGAGUCAUCACACAGCACUGGCGUUUCAGCUUACAACUACAGACAGCAAAUGCAACAUUUUCAAGAAUAUUGAUAGAAAUCACUACCGGACGUUGCGCCAGGCCAUUAUUGAUAUGGUUUUGGCAACAGAGAUGACAAAGCACUUUGAGCAUGUGAACAGAUUUGUGAACAGCAUCAACAAGCCAAUGGCAUCUGAGGAGACCAGCUCACAUAAUGACAGCAGUGACUGUGAACGUAUAGCCAAUAUAAAGAAUUUUCCAGAUAUCCAGAUACUGAUCAAGCGCAUGAUGAUUAAAUGUGCGGAUGUAGCAAAUCCAUGCCGCCCUCUAGAGUUAUGUAUCGAAUGGGCAGGAAGGAUUUCAGAGGAGUAUUUUGCACAGACGGAAGAAGAGAAGAGAAAGGGUCUGCCUGUUGUAAUGCCAGUAUUUGAUAGGAACACCUGCAGCAUCCCCAAGUCUCAAAUUUCCUUCAUUGACUAUUUUAUAACAGAUAUGUUUGAUGCAUGGGAUGCAUUUGCACAUCUGCCUGUUUUGAUGCAACACUUGGCUAAUAACUACAAAUACUGGAAAACACUGGAUGAGUUAAAGUGCAAGAGUCUCAGGCUCCCAUCAGAAAACAACUACUGACACUAAGGCAAGAAAAACAGACCUCUUGAUCUACCAGUUUCACUGUGAAUCACUUACUGACUUGGCUGCAAGAGGAAUGUUUUUUCUUUUCCAGUGAAAUUAAGACUGCAUGGCAAAAAGGAAAUAUUUCAUUCAUCACUUUUAAGUUUUUCUGAAUCCUACAAAAAUGUUUUGAAAAUGCCUACAUAAUCCACAGAUUAAUAAGUGGUCUUUGGAAAUAACUUUUUGUGGCAGAAAAUGUACUUCUGAAACUAAUUUAUAAUACUGAAUAUGCAUUUGUCAUAUCUUGUAAUUGAUACCACAGUAUUCACCAACACCUCACUCAACUGUUUCUCAGUCAGAGGGGUAAUCCAGUCAUCAGUAGAGUAAGAAUAGUUUGACAAAUAAGCAUUGAAAACUUCCCACUUAUCUAGCAUAAAUUUGAUCCAAUUCUAUCCAUGUUCUUCACUUCUCUGAAUCAUAGCUCUAAAGAGAACAUAGACAGUAGAACAACAAUCAAUCAGAUCCAGUAAAAAACAAACCCUGCACCAUUUAAGACAACCUUAUUACUAUCUGGUCUCCUUUCUUUUCCAUAUAAAAUCUCAGUAGGAGGCAAAUUCCCUUAAAAUUUGUCAUGUAGUGGAGGAAAACAAACAUGUUCUAUAUAAUUGGUGCCAUUCACAUGUUUCUCUAGCAUCUUAGACAUGUUACCAUGCAAUGUUUCAUCAAAUUUUACACAGAAACCAUUGUGGCACUUGAUCAAUAUAUUUUUCUAAUAGUGUUUGUACAUGUGGUCAUCAAUUUUAUUAAGCUGAUCUCAAUUUUAUGGUAAGUCCAUAUAUUGUGCUACUUACUUCUAGGAUGAACCUGUCAUUUCUUCAAAAUUGUUUCCAGGUUAUAACUUGUAAUAGGAUUAUAAUUUGUACUGCUUUUUCCCUCCCAAUAAAAUGCUUGUUUGUCUUGUGAAGUAAAAAGUAUUUCAAAAGUAUUUCUAAAGUUAGAAAACAGUUUUUCAUUAGUUUUAAGAUACAACACUUACACUAAAGCCUACAAAGAACAAGUGCAUAUUUUUGUACAUCUCAUUUUAAUCACAUGCAGAACAUAAACAUGAGUUCAAAUUUUAGACCAUUCUCAGACUACUCAGUUAAUAAAUCCUAGCAUAACUGCUGAUUUUUAACACUGUGCACUCCAUGCUGCAGGCAAAGGUGCCAAAGCUGUGGCCGCAGUUGAAGAAGCAGUCCACUGCUCACUAAAAAGAAAGGUCUUGAGACAUACUCUUUACAGCCCUUUGGCUGUAUCAGGAAUUUAACCCAGUAAAGAAAGACAAACAACAACAAACAAAAAAAACAGCAUUUAGUUUGCUGUGGAAGAAAAGUGACAACAAUUAUUGUUUACUGCAGGUAGCUUACAUAACAUGCCAACCUUUUUUGUACGUUUUGUACAAGUUCUGAAACAAAGGGAAACAUUCAUAAAAUGUAUGUGCAGAAAAAUGUAUAUAAGCUAUAUUUUUAUUAGAAUUGUAAUAGACUCUUAUUUUUUUCAUGACUAAGGCAGGUUGCUGUGUAUUUAAAUGCUGCAUUGCGUAUAUUUGAAGAAUGGUGUUUCUGGUGAACUACAUUUUGUCAUUAUUUCCUAUUCUCUAUUGCCGCAUUCUUCAAUGGAUUUUUAUUCAGAUAAAUCGAACCUCUGAUUUUUAUACUGUAAACUGUUUGCUUUUACUACUCCUUUAUUCAGUACUAGUGCUCUUGGUGGUUGUACCUUAACUAUUCUGAUGACUGAACACUCACUGCAGUUGCAUUGGAGAAAAGAACAUCACAAGAUUGAAAGCUUUGUCAUCACUUAAUUGAAUUUGUUACAUACAGCAACACUGUAAGACUGCAUCUAUGUAAAACACAUCAAUUCAUUAUUUUUGUCACACUUCUGUCACAAGAAAGAAAAUGUAAAUGGUGGAAGGAACCUAAGAAAUAAAGUUCAGCCUCAGUUCUGGUUUGUGAGCUAAGA